AUGAAGGACCUGGCUACACCGUGCGAACCACCCUCGAAUGACAUGGACACAACAUCGAGUGCGCAGACGACGGCUGGGGCACCACCUGCCAACGGCUUGCUCGAUGACGAACACGACGGCCGCGACCGCGACACUACUGUGCAUGGGCCCCCUACUACGCCCACCUCACCAGCUGCCACGACAUCGCCAGAAACGUGGCUAGGCCCAGAGCCUCCCGCUUUCGAUUCGACUCAAGAGCGUGUAGUGGACUUUGAAAGCCGACACGACUCAGCUGACGAAUCGAAGGACGAUGAAGAACUGUCCCCGGACGAGCACGGCCAUCGAAUGCUUACAGGGCCUUCAACUCGACGCUUCUCUUUGUUGCCUCCGACCGCACCUCAACUAGGCACGCUCUCGUUGCCGUCACCCAUCUUCGGUAGAUCUUUUGUGGAUCUAUUGGCUUGCUCGUCAUCUCCUUCGCACUCGAAGGAGGGAGAGGCGGUCUUGCCGGGAACUUCGACCGGAACCAACUGGCACGUUACCGUCCAGCACGGCAGCGACGUGCGCUCGGCUUCGCCGACGCCUUCGAUCAGCGGCAACCGACCUCGUCGCUCGAGCACGCUCGGUAGUCGAUCUUCACGAAGCAACCUUCGAUCUUCCGCCCUCAGGAACGUGACUGUCCCCACCCCCCCCUUCCGUCCCGAAUUGGCGUCCGUCUUCACCCGCCCCCGACCGCUCAAGGACGACAGAAUUCGACUUGGCGACCAAAGGGGGGCCAUGGCCGCGGCGCAGGACGACGAUCACGUUUUCACCGCGGUGUUCCCAGAACAAGGUCUUGAUCUCGAAGGAGAGCUUGAGAGUUGGGAUGAGCAGGCAUGGAGUCGGAUUGGGGCCUUUCUCUGGGAGCGCGGUUAUACCGUGUCCUCAAGCGAUUGGGUACGUCCACUUGAUGCAAUGUUCUCACGGUCGUCGCACUGAUCUUGAAGUUCGGGUGUAGUCUCAAGCAGUCCGAACCUCCGACAACCUCGAGUUGUCCCUGUCCAUCAUUCCGACCGACAGCGAUGAACUCGACAUCAUCGAGCUUCUUUCGACGCCAGGGGCGAGGUCGAAUGCAACUGCGCAAAAGGUGAUCCCACUCGUGCCAGUCGUCGGGAUCGUGCCGUUCAACGAGGAGUGGACCGCGAUCCUGUUCGAACGCUGGGAUCCGCUCCCGUCCAUAGUCGGGUCAGAACAAGCGAAGAACUUUGUUCUGGGAAUUGUCGGGGUGAGUCCUUCAUUACGAUCCGAACUGUGUACACUGCCUACAUGGUGGGAGUACUCACUCAGGGUUGCGUGACAGGCGGUCGCCCAUCUUCAUGCCUCGCACUACAUCACGCACCUCAACUUGCGCGAGAGAGGAUCGAUUCUCGUGGAUCCCAAAGCAUUUGAUCGUUAUGGCCUGUCCAAUUUUGCGUAUGCGUUUCAAGCGGACCCCGUCCUAGCCGCCAAGAACAAGGGGGUCAAUCGCAUCUGCUCGGGCGACCUUCCACUGACGUCAACGUGUGGCGAAGAGGCACCCGAAAAGGGCAGUAUCGACCCCUGCCUGGUCGAUAUGUGGGACCUGGGCCAGGUGAUCAAGAGCGUCGUCGCGGAAGCGCACGAGGCCGGAAUCGAAGAUUUACUUGCAGGCCUGACGCGGAAGGAGGUCGAACACCGCUGGAACGCCCGAGUGGCCCGAGAGUGGGCCCAGACCAACAUGGCAUGA